AUGACUUGUGCACUGUUGGACACCUGUGGCCGCUUCCUUUAUCGUUCACCGGCUACGCAUCGGCGCACGCAAAUCUACCUGGAGAUCAUGCUGCGCAAGAAAAAUGCCCUUCACAUGGACGCGCGCUACUCUCUCAUGAUUGAAAAUACCUUCUUUUUCUGUGAUCCACCCAAAAAUGCCACCAAUGUAGGUUACCAUUUUCCCUUUUUUGGUGGGAAAGCGAUCUCGUGA